AUGAGACCUAAAAAGUUGACAAGCUUCAUAUUAUCCAGUACUUUCGAAUUACCAUCAACAAGACCCAUCCAUUCCCACUUCCUACACUACACUCACCACCAACCCCAACCAUUCCCACCAACCCACUCCUCAGCAUCUUCACCAAACCUCACGAAACCAUUUGCACGAACCCUUCACCAAACCAGAUCAACUUAUCACAAAUCAUUAACCGAAGAACUAAAGUCCCUAACCGAAAGAGAUUUCCAAAAGAACCCAAGGAUAGGACCGUUCCGAAUCCCGACUGACGAAAACCCAAGUUCAUCUAAUUCUCAAAUGAAAUGGAACCAAAUCAGAUGGAAUGAAAAGGCCAAAAGAGUCUUAAGGAACGGGAAAAACAUCCUAGUCGUAGGCUUUGGAGGAUCACUAGGAAUCUUAGUCAUUUAUAGUAUUACAUCUGAACUAUUUGCUCCUUCUUCGUCUACCAACUUAAUGAUUUCGAUCACCGAAACACUAAACCGAUCGAAAAUCUUGAGUGAAAUCUUACAAGUUCCCUACAAGUUUCAUACUUCUGUGCAUUCGAAUGCUUCCAAACGAAUGAAAAACCUCGAAAACUUACCUCAAUGUGUCGAAAUCAGAUUCAUGAUCGAAGGAAGUCCGACAGCUUCUUCAACAACCUACGAGGUCCUGGAUCUAGAAUGGUGGAAAAGUAUGACAAAGAGAUGGAUUGGUCCAUUGAUCACUUCUGAAGUAAAUCAUCAAGGGAUUUCUAAUAAACCGAAUGUAAAAGAUCUUGUGACUGAAAAAGAUGAUCAUCGUCAAAAGGAUUGGUUAAAAGAAUUAGUAGGUAGUCUUUUACCUAAACCAAUGACCCAAGGCUUAUCAAAAACCAAAGAAAGAAGUUGGAAAGAAAAAAGGUUACCUACUUUAGGUACUUUUACCCAAGGAGAAGUCACAGCCAAAAUUAUCAAAGAAGGAGGAGGUGAAUGGAAAUAUAAUGCUUUGUUUAUUGAUUUUCCAAAUUCUAGGAUUUGUGAGUAUAGAUUAGAUGUUUUGAAUGAGAUUAGAAAGAUGGAUAUCAAAGAUCAAGAAAAAGAAGAGAGAGCGGGGCCUACUAGGUAUCGGUUUUGGACUAGAAGGAUUAGUGUUUAG